AUGAUUAGGAGGUUACUUUUAAAUAGAAGUACAACAGGUAGUAGUAGUAGUAGUAGUUCAUCUAUUCUCUCACAAUAUCAAAUCAAUUUCAAACAAUGUACAUAUAAAUCACCACCUGUAUACUUUACACCUUAUAAAUCAAACAAUUAUAUUAAUAGUAAUAAUAAUAAUAAAAAUAAUAGAAGCAGUUUAAAUCAUAUAAAUAAUAAUAAUAAUAAUUUAAGAUUAUAUUCUACAAAUAAUAAUAAUAAUAACAAUAAUGAUGAUGAUGAUAACAAUAACAAUAAUCAAAAAGAUGUAAAAGAAAAAGAAAAGGAAAAGGAAAAAGAAUCAGUAGAUGAUCAAUCGGGUACACCCAAGUGGGUACCGAUUCCGAAUGAAGUGGUCAUAUUCCCAGUUUUCGAGAGAACCAUCUAUCCUGGUGCUAUGGCAUCGCUUCCCUUUGAUAUGGAGGAAUACAAACGUAUGGGACAGCCAAAAGAGAUCGGUCUAUUCCUUGUCAACCCAACCGUUCGUGAGGAAAUCGGUAAAGAUACCAAGAAUUUCAAACUAUCGUCCAUCGAUCAACUCUCACCAAUCGGUAUAUUGGUAUCGGUAGAAUCAAUCGUACAUAAACCAUACAUAAUAGGUGCUGCAAGAAUUCAAUUAGAUUCAUUCAUUGAAAAUACAUCAUCAACAAUAUCAACAUCCACUUCUACUCCUACUUCAACAAUAGCAAACGAUGAACAACAACAACAACAACAACAACAACCACCACAAAGUAAUAUUGUCAGCAGCACUGACAAUUUUAAGGAAGAAAUAGUAGAUACAACAACUUCAACAACUUCAACUGCAACUACUGCAACUACAACUACUGCAACUACAAAUGAAAGUACAAAUAUACAACCUGAACCUCAACCAGCUGUUUUUGAAUUUAAUACCGAGUGGUCCGUUCAAUGCAUUGAUGGAGAAACACAUCGAAGACAAAGCGGUGAAGCAACAGAAGAAGUUCUUCUUGGGCGAGCAGAUGCGGCUUGUCCGAAGGGAGUUGGAGUUGGAUCAAGACGAGAAGGAGACACUGAAGAAGAAGUUCAACGAGCGAUGGUCAAAGCUGAAGAUCACCGAGGAGCAAGUGAAGCGCGUCUUCCAGGAGGAGAUGGACAGGCUAUCGGGAUUGGAGCCUUCGUCGUCCGAGUACAACGUCACACCGAUCACUAUGGACUGGACGAUAUCAAGGAGACCAUUCAGAGUUUCAUUGCUGUCGGUAAACUCCGUGGUUCCGUCGGUGGAAAGAUCAUAUUACUAGUUGGACCGCCAGGAACUGGAAAGACAUCCAUAGGCAAAUCUAUUGCAACAGCGCUCGGACGACAAUUCUACCGAUUCUCAGUCGGUGGUAUCUCUGAUGUCGCGGAAAUCAAAGGUCAUCGUCGAACAUUCAUCGGUGCAAUGCCGGGCAAAAUCAUUCAAGCUCUGAAAAUGGUUAAAACAUCUAAUCCUGUUAUUUUAAUUGAUGGUAAAUGUAAUUUAUUAUUAACUUGGAACAUGCUUUAUCUAUGUCUAGAAAUUGAUAAGAUUUCCAAAGGAUUCCAAAGUGAUCCGUAUGCUUCGUUGUUGGAAGUGUUUGAUGCUCAACAGAAUAGCAAUUUCUUGGAUCAUUACUUGGAUAUUCCAUAUGAUUUGUCAAAGGUUUUGUUUAUUUGUACUGCGAAUCUCACUCAUACCAUACCGGCACCGCUUCUCGAUAGAAUGGAUGUUAUGAAAUUGAAUGGUUAUAUUCAAUCCGAACAGAUUCAGAUCACCGAAAAGUAUUUGGUUCCAUCGAUAAGAAGUGAGACUGGCCUGAAGGAUGAGCAGGUCAAGAUCACUACCGAUGCCAUCAAGUUGCUCUGUGAGUUCUGGUGUCGUGAGUCUGGUGUUCGUAACUUGAAAAAGGCGAUCGAGCGAAUCUUCCGUAGGGUUGCCUACAAGAUGGUUACCGAGGAACUGGCCACCAUCGAGAUAACACCGCAGAAUCUCGAGGAGUAUGCCGGUCUACCAAAGUACCGUACCAAUAAGUACUACCAGAAUCCACAAGCCGGUAUCACUCUGGGAUUGGCCUGGUCAGAGAAUGGCGGUGUUCCACUGUACAUUGAGAGUGUCAUCGAUCGCUACCAAGAGACGCCGGGACUGCGCACCACCGGUUCACUCGGUGAGGUGAUGAAGGAGAGUAUCGACAUUGCCUACACCUACGUCAAGCAGUUCUAUGCGCAACUGCAGCCGGACUCAAAGUUCUUUGACAAGAACGCCAUUCAUAUCCACGCACCGGAAGGGGCGCAACCCAAGGACGGUCCGUCGGCCGGUAUCACCAUGAUCACCUCGCUGCUGUCGUUGGCGCUGAACAGACCUAUCCAGCCGGGAAUUGCAAUGACCGGUGAAAUCACACUCACCGGCAAAGUGAUAGCGGUCGGUGGAAUCACUGAGAAGAUGAUUGCCGCCAAGCGUGAAGGUGUCAAGCGAAUCAUCCUACCGAAAGACAACAAAAAGGAACUCGAGGAGAUACCAGAGUUUGUCAAAGAGGGAUUCUCAGUGUAUCUCGUUGAGUACUACAGAGAUGUAUUCGACAUUGCAUUCAAUGAGAAUCCAAGUGUUCAACCGCUAGCAGUAACCUCAAGAAAGAAGAAAGAUUUCAGCAAAAAAUAUCCAUCGCCAACAACAGAAUCAUCAACACCACCUUUAUCCGAUCAAACAACAACAACAAUUCCACAACCGGAAACACAACCACAACCUCAACCUCAAACAGUGUAG